GUGUCGCAAUGCUUAUCUAUAACCAAGUCUCGCGUAUAGAAAGAAAGCAAACAAGCACGAUUUAAAUCAUCUCCCGUCUCAUUCACAUUGAUUACACUUUGGAAUUCCAGACGUCACAUCGAACGAAAUAACUCGAAUAUAAAAAUAGUCGCGCUUCUACGAUCGUUCGUGACAAUUCGGGCAACAUCGUAUGGACGGAAGACGUGCAUGCUUCUAUUACUCGACAGUUGGCUCCGAAUGUGUGGGGAACCAUGCAAGAACGAAACGAUUUGUGUACGUACGUAUAUACCUAACGCAAUAUAUCUGUGCAACACAUACACAUAGAAACGAGCAAAUUUUUCUCCUCGGAAAUCUAGUCGACGUUAACGUCGGGCUCAAAGCUUUUGUGAAAUGUCAAGCACUAUACAUUAUGAUGGGUUGAAUGUGUUCGGGAAAACUGUCAGAUUAAUCGCAAAGGAUAGAGCACCGUUCGAAAGCAGAGGCAAACCAGUGAGAGGAAUAGCACGGACGGGAAAAAGUGGGAGUGAAAGUGGAAAAAUUCACUUUUUCGAAAUUAUAAGGGGAACAAAGGUACGUUCCUAGUGAUACGUGAGACUGCUAAUGUUUCGCGGAAACGAUGGAGCCUGAGGAACCUCUAUUACAAGGUAUCCUGCUGUUACCACCGCAGGGAAUGUUAGGACAGCUCAAGAAAUCUUGGCAUAAAAGAUUUUGUCAGCUGUUUAGGACUAGUAACUAUGGAAUCAAACGUGUUGAAAUAUAUGAUAAUCAAGAAGAAGCUAUAAUGCAAUCACAUGCUCCUCGUAUCAUCACAUUAGAUGCAUGCAUCAAAAUUGCACCUAGUAAUCAGUCACAUGUAUUUACUGUUGUGACUAAGUCAGGCAUUCAUUAUUUUGGAUGUUAUUCUGAAUCUGAUAUGACUCAUUGGAUUACUGCAUUUCAAUUAGUAGCAUUUAAAGAUAGUGUAUCUAAUCAGACAAUAGAAGAAAAUAAUGAUCUAUAUUGUACCAGUGGAGAAGGAGUAUUUUCUGUUAAAGUUGUAGAAACAGAUGCAUCUAAACGAUGUGGUUUAGAAACUAGAAACUAUACACUUAUAGUAGCUGCAGUUGAUAUUAAAUUAAUGGAUGGAGAUGUAGUUUUAUUCACUUGGCCAUAUCGAUAUAUUAGGAGAUAUGGUUACAAGGAUGGAAAAUUCAUUUUUGAAGCAGGAAGAAAAUGUGAAUCUGGAGAAGGUUCUUUCCGCUUGGAACAUAGCAGUCAACAAGAAAUUUUUCGUUGUAUGUAUUCCAAAAUGAGAUCAAUGAAAAAAUUAAUGAAUGAGGAAAGUAAUCCAAACAUUGAAUGCAAUGAUGCUCAAUAUCAUGCAGCUUUAUCAAUGGAAGCUGGAUCAAGAGCAGCAUUACCUCCUUCUCCAAAUAAUUCUGCUAAUUUAAUCGAUAUUGAUUUUUCACCUCAAAAUUCUCAAAAACAAUCGAGUUCUUCAUCUAAUUUAGAUACUAGUUUAUCUUCGAAGCCUUCUUUGCCUAUUAUUAAACCAAAACCUGCGAAACCUCCGCGAAAAUAUGUUUUUACAGGUAUAUUAGAUAAGAGAAAUGUAGAUCUUGAAUCAUCAGAUUUACCUACGUGCGGAGAAUACAAAGCGUUAAAUCGAGAUAAUUCACCGGAGAUGUCUCAAAAAACAAUAGGAAGUUCCAUAUUAGAUGAUGAAGAGAGACAUCCUUAUGAUUUAGUAGAAGUAAGAAAUGAUGCAUGGAAAACACAUGGUAUUGAUAAUAUACAUCAUACAGAGAGAUCAAAUUCGUCACAUAGUGACAAAGACAAAGAGAAUGAAGAUGAUUUCCAAUAUGAAACAAUGAUGCCUAUGAUUACAUCCCAAAACUCAUCAAAAAGUAAACCUAAUAUUACGGAGAAUUCAGUAACGAAUAGUCCAAUAUCGCCGAUAAAUCAUAUUCCUAAUGAUGAAUCUGAUUAUGAUAAACUAGAACAUUUUGGUUCCGCAAAUUCUAAAAUUAAUCAAAAAAGUUCAUACAAAUUUGGAAAUUUUAAUAAUGUAUCUCAAAAUUCAUAUUCUACUGCUUCUUUAAAUAAUACUGUAACAGAUACAAAUGCUAUAUGGUCUAAUUAUGAUAUUGUCGAAGAUAUGUCUGCUGUUAGAUUGGCAGAUGAUAGUCACCUUGGAUAUGGUGUCAUUAGAAAGAAAACAAAUCAUUCUGAAUCUGCAUCUACUAGCAGUAAUAUUGGUCCAAAGCAUAAAGUGUUUAAUAAUAGUGAAUAUGCAAUUGUAUCAAAACCAAAAAGGGUAUAAAAAAUUUUAACUUCAUUUGAUAGUGAUUCAAGAACAUUAUAUAAAUUACUUCUAUUCCAGAAGUUUUUAACUUUCAAAAAUGAUAAGAAAAUACUAGUCUACAAUAUGACUAGGAUAAGUCCGUUUUUAUAGUGCUAAAUGAAAAAUUAAAUGCUUAUAUUUUAUAUAACUUUAUUACAGAAAUGAAAUAACAUUUAUUCUGUACAGAUUAUUUUAAGAAACACUAGUCUUUUUAAUCACUGUCAAUUAUAAUAGAAAUAAUUAUUUUUAAAGAUAAAAUAAUUUUAUACAUAUACAUUCUGAUAAUUUUAAAAUAUAUUAAUAAAUAUUAGAAACAUUAGUUUUUAAGAUAAGAUAAAAUUAUUAAGGUUCAAUAUUGGAUUAUGAAAAUAUUAAAAUAAUUGCAAUGAAAAGAUAUAUCAGAUGCCUUAUAUCAUUAAAUAUAAUAAAUAAAAUUACUAAAAAUAUAGCUUAAUGAUAAAAUGAAAUAAAAUUUAAAUGUACAUGUCAUUCCAACAUUUGGUGUACUUAGACAUCUUUAAUAUUAUUAUUAUAAUUAAUUAUUCAUAGUCCUUUAUUAAUACUGUUACAAGCUCAACAGAAGUUGUGCCUUUAAAAAUAUUUAAAAUAAACAAUGGAUAGUUUUUAAAUGUAGAAUUUAGAUAUGCAUGAUAAGAAAAAAACAUUAAGUCAUUCCUUUGUUUUCAAUAUUAUAUAUUUUAUAUUUAUAUAUAUAUAUAUAUAUAUAUGUACUAUAUAUAUGUACACAUUUAUAAAAGAUUUAAUUAUAUUACAUAUAUUUCAUUGUUAAAAAAGACAUUUUUUAUGAAAGAUACAUUAUCUACAUGUACAUAUUAAUUGAUACAAAUAUCACUAUAUUAUAAUUCCAAAACUUGCCAUAUAAUUUCUACAUGUGCCAAGAUCAUUUUUAUGAAUUAAAUUUUUAUUGAUAUUAAAAUUACAUAAUAUUUAACUUGUUUUCAUAAUAAAAUUAUAUUUACAUUUAAUAUAUUGAAUAAAUAGGCAAGUCUCAUGGAAUUUAUAUAAGAUCUGAAAAAUUUUAUUCAAGAAUAUAUAUUUUUUACUAAAUUGUACAUAUUAGAAGUAUUUACAUGUAAUACAUAUGGUAUAAUAGAAACAAUUUUGUAUCUUCUAAUGAUUAUAAUUUGAAGGAUCAAAAAACAUUUAAAUCUUUCAGUGUUAACCAAACUUUGGAUAUUUUUAUAUAUGUAUAAUUGUAAGAUUAACAUAAUAUAAAAAGUACAUAUAGUCAAUAAUAAAUUUAGAAGUAUACAAA